UAUUAAGGAGAUUUUAUAAACGCAGCCAGAUUCUCUUCUCUUUCCCUAACUCCUUAUAAAUUAUCUUUCAGGAGAGGGCUAAAGCCCUUUUCUCAAGGUGAUCAGGAAAAUGCAGCCCUGAAAUUUUUCUAUACAGACCCCAAUUUCCUCAAGAGGCUUUACUUUUUCCAAGCUGCCAUUUAACCAGAUGAAUAAGAAAAAAUUUUAAUAACUUGCCUGGUUAAAUAAAUGGCAGGUAAAAACUGAUAUUAUGUGAAAGUAAGGCUUUACCCUAGCUUAGUUUCAGCUGAUAUCUCUCUAUCACAACACACAGCCGUUUUUGACAUGAAGUCAUGCUGACGGUUUCUAAAUGAUCUCUUGAUAGCUUUAUUUACCUUUGUGUUUUUUAGCUCCUUUUAAAUACAUAAUUUUGCAUUACGUGCCUUUAAAGAUUAACAUUAACCCAUGAAAAGCUUAUUGGACAGAUGUCAAACUGCAUAGCAUUUAUGCGGUCAAGCAAAACGCCUGCUGGAUACAGCUAGGGUGCAAAUGAAACCAUUCGUUUAUCAUUGACCAGCAUAUAUAUAAAAAAUUAGAUUCUGGUUGUAUCAUAAAUAUUUGUUCGGUAAUCAGUUGAAAAUAACAACCGAACGUCCAAUUAACCGACUUUACUCGUUACUUUCGCUUCAUUUUUUUCACAAUUAGUGUACCCAGCUAAACUAGGUACCUGCCAGCUAGGUCUGAAAAAAGCAUCGAGUUCGGUUAUGUAUGUCAGUGACUGGGGUGAACUAACAGGCUGCCUGCAGCUGGAGUUUGGCGUUUUAGCUCUUGGUGGAGGGGAGACGACGCCCGACUCCUAGCUUUAUUAGCAGUUAGCUUAACUAGCAGCCGCCGCCAUUAUAGCGGCCAACGACGGCAGCUAGCUUCCACCACUAACGCAGGCCCAGGGAUUUAAGAGGCUUGUUUGGCUGUUUCGGUUCUUUUUGUUUAUCGCGCUACCCAUUACAAUCAACUCCCAUUUUGAUUAAUCUAACCGAAAAUCAGUUCACGUCGUAAAUCCAAUGGCCAGCUUUACCGCAAGCUAACGUGACAGCUAGUGGCUAGCUGUGCCCACAACCUGCUUCCAGGGAUACCAAAGGGAUAACGCCAGUCUUGUAAACUUUGUUGAGAUGCAUUCACUGGCUCAGGAGAUCCACGGCUUCGCGAAAGACCGACUGAAGAAACAGUGCACGCGUGUUACCACAGUGACAGGCAAAAAGCUGCUGGAGAGGAGGAGUGAUGGAGGAGAGGGAGAUGUGGAGCUUGUUGAAGAGCUGGAGGAUGGAAAUGGGUGUGGAUUUGUAGAAGAUAACAGCCUGGACCUCCAAGUUGGUGUCGUCAGACCGUUCCUCCUGCUGGGCUCUCAGGAUGCAGCCCACGACAUUGACACCCUGCAGAGAUAUAAGGUAUCUCAUGUGCUAAAUGUUGCAUAUGGAGUCGAUAACCUGUUCCCAGAUAAGAUGGUCUAUAAGACGCUCCAGAUCCUGGACCUCCCAGAAACCGAGAUCACUUCCUACUUCGAGGAGUGCAGCUCCUUCAUAGAUCAGACUCGGGAACAGGGCGGUGUGGUGCUGGUCCACUGUAACGCUGGCGUGUCCCGCUCUUCCUCCAUCGUGAUUGGGUAUCUGAUGCUGAGGGAGGAGCUUUCAUUUGAUGAUGCAUACAGCCAGGUUAAGCUGGCGAGGCCAUCGAUUCGCCCAAACCCCGGCUUUUAUCAGCAGUUACAGAAAUACAAAUCCUAAGGGUCUAAAAGUCUGUUUUUUGCUUUUAAAACUGUGUGACAAAAUCAAAAUUAUAACUGGAGCACUAAUGGGAAGUCUUUGCCCUGUGAUAACAUCACAAACAUUUUUAUGUGGGAACUAUUUUCUUUCUACUCAAUUACACUUGCCAACCAUUUCACUUUCCAGGAGAUAGUUUUCAGCUACUUCUAAUGACGCUCAUGCUUGUGACAGGGUGACGGGUGUCCUACUGUGUUGAGCAGGACUGUUAGCUAGCUGCAUGCUUGUUUAGGUUGGCAGAUGUAGAAAGCAAAAACAAGAUAGUUCCUUUAUAAAAUGACAUGGCCUGCCUAACCAGGCCAAUAUUUCUGGAACGAGACAUCGCCUCUGAGUGUUUUAAGUCUUCAUUAAAACACCAUAUGGCAACUGCCAUUUAAUUCCAUUAUAGUAAGAAACAGCAGACAUUUCUGUAGUCAGUAUCUCCCAAACUGUUUGACUCACACUAAAACAGUCUGAAAAGACAAAUAUGUCUACAGGGCAGAGGAAGAACAUGAGCAUUUGAUUUUACAUGCGGCUCCCCUUGAAACAUUGCAGUUUUGAUUUUUAUGUAAAUGAAUCUGCCAAUAAGUAAUAAACAUUUGCAUGCCUA